AUGUAUGAAUGGGCUGAUCCCGUAAAAUCCUGUUAUUAUCGUAAUUCUGGACGAUUAACCGAUAUAAUCUGGCAAUGGGCCACGCUAUCCAUAUGGAUAGAACUAUCAGUUGUAUAUUGCAUGGGAGUAUUGAUCGCUGUAGCAAUCAAGCUUCGAAAAAGCAAAGCAAAUGUCUCAUCGAAAUCCACGUCUAUCGACUCAAUACCACUCACAACUCCAUCACUGAAAGAAUUCAAAAACAACAGACCGAAAGCGGAAAAUUUGAUCUCGUUAAUGGCGCGUAAAAUGACUCUGUAUCCGGCCGUUCCGCUAAUUACACAGACACCAAAGCUUUUGGUGCAGACACUUGCGUUUUCGCAGCAACGGAUGUGUUACGUGCUGUUGUUUAUUAGUUUUAUUGGAUGUGCUAUCCAAGGGUUAUUGAAUGCUAUUGUUUUCGCGCGUGAUGCUUCGCUGUCACGUGGACGCUUCGCGUUAAGAAAAUAUUUAUGGGAAGAAUAUGUAGAUGUAUAUGAAUCAAGGUAUCCACAUCGUGCGCGUAGAAACAAAAAUUCGGAAAUUGAAAUUGAACUGUCAACAAUGACCACGGUGCAAAGUAACCCACCAAAUAUUUAUAUUGAACAACACGAAGACCAAAACGACGUGCAUCCUAAAAUGACGAAACUACGACAAUCAAUGUGGGAACCAACUUUAUGUGAACGGAUAAAAUAUAAAAUAACUAUAAAAUGCGUUGGAGCACCAGAGAAGGAAGCUUCGGCUUCACACAAUAACGAAAAUUCAACUAUAAAUGCACAACUACCUCAACAAACAAAUGCAACACAUGAAUUCUUUAAUAUACCAGAUAUUAACAAGACACUAGCAAUGUCAUUACCACGCGUACCACCUACAAUUGCAUUACCGUCAUCAAGGAUAUCAGGUGAGCUUUAUUUCAGAAAUAAUUGGAGCCACAAUAAUGAUUUAGAACUGAAUAAUGAUGAAUCUGAAGAAAAUGAACCCGACUCUUGUCCUGUUUCCUCGUCUGCUUUGAUAUUUCCGGAUACUUUCGAUACAAACAAUAGAAACACUUAUAAUGAUGGUCAUUACGCUUAUAAUGUUUGGCUAGAUGUAAGGCUCCUAAAGAGCCGAGAUACGAGUCCUCGAGCCAAAAUUUUAUAUGAAAUUUAA